AAUAUUUUUUCUUUUUUAAAGAAAGGGAAUGACACGUGUCCGUACAGGAAUGCGAAGGCCUUCCUGGAACAAAUCGCAGGCGAUCCAGCAAGUGAUUUCCCUCAAGGCUCUGCUGGAGCCGAACGACGACGAUUCCGGCGCCGGAGCUCUGCGCAGGGCCGUCGUUUCGCAGCCGCGCAUGACUUCGAAUUCGGUAGAUUCCGUUAAGGAACCGAGUCCUGAUGUCCAGGUUUCGGUUUCGGUAUCGGCGGAGGAAAGAAAGGACACGCCGAUAUCGGCUCCUUCGGGGGAUCGACCGGCCGAGAUAGAGAACAAUGCGAUCAGUCCGAGGAGCCCGUGUGCAACAAAUGGGUCAGUGGGACAAAUGACGAUUUUCUACUGUGGCAAGGUGAAUGUGUACGAUGGAGUGCCACCUGAGAAGGCACGGGCAAUCAUGCACCUUGCAGCAAGUCCAGUUCAGUUGCCUCAGGAUGAUACUCUAGGUAGAGCUGCAUCUCUUUGGUCCGUUCCAUGCCAUUUACAGGCAGCAUGUGAAAAAGAUCGCGUUAUUCCUACUAGUCCCGCAAUCGCACAUAUCAUGCAAGCAGAGAAGAUGACAGAAUAUUCUGAGCAGUAUAGGGAGAAAGGGAACACUUCUCGUGACCCUGAUGUAGAGGGUCAGGCGAACAGAAAAGUCUCACUGCAGAGAUAUCUCGAAAAACGGAAAGACAGGGGAAGAUUAAAGAGCAAGAAAAGUACGGGAUUGAUUACAUCGAGCUUGGAAACUUAUUUGAACCAUCAAGUAAGGACGCAUACCCCAAAUGGGAAAUCAAGCCGGAGUAACACGAGCUCUCCACCCCAGCAUGGCCUGCCGCAAGCCAUGAGUAGCUCUGUCGACAAUCAGCUAAAGAGUGCUGGUCUUGCCGUUGAUCUCAAUGACAAAGAUGUCCAAGAAUGCUGAGUUGGAACCACUUUCUAGGUCAGAUGGAGUUGGCAAUUAAAUAGAGAGCUCUACUUCUUUUGAUAACCACUAUGCCAAAUAUGAAAGAAGGGAAAGAGGCAACCAACUUGAUAGCCUCUUACGGGCCUGCCUUUUGCAUGAUUUUGGGCUGGCUCUGCAAACAGUGAAGUUUUUACUGUCUAUUUCUGGAGACACGGCUUGGAGAAUCCUCUUUUAUAAAUGGUAUGAGUUUACUCACCUGAUCAAUUUUGUAAUAUCAAGAAUCAUUUAGCCAUCCUUAGGAAUUUCUCUUUUUCGAGAGUAAGAUUUGGUAGUUGAGAUUAGAGCCGAAAGCAGCUAUUUUCUGUUCAUCAUGUAAAGGUAUGCUAUCUUUUGCUAUGCUAAUGGCUUAUUCUACAAGUUGAAGUA